CGCGCGCAUUCUGACCGCCCGCCAAUACGUCUCCGCGGAUCACUCACAGCGCGCGCUUGUAUCGACAUUCGACGCUAAACACAACACCCGAACUAAAUCAUUAAAAUAAACUCAAGUGGACUGUGAAACAAAAUACACAAUAAUCAAAGUGAGAAAACAUCUUCGGCUACAACAGCUACAAAAACGGGAUCAAAUUUCGUAGCUCCGUGGGUUCAAAGUAGAAUGGGCGCCGGUGUCAGGCGUUGUGGCCAAGCGCGUUGAUUAUGUGGGCACGGACGGCGCGAGCCCUCAGACGGUUGGCCUUGCUCGUGCCAUUCGUGCUAACAGCGCUGGCACUUCUGCUGCUUCCUCGUCCACCUCCUUACAAUAACGCCGUGCGACUACCUACGCCUCCGCCACCGCCGCGUAUCAACUUACAGGUCCAGAACGUUAUCGAUGAGAGCAAGGAAGUAGUUAGCAAUGAGGUGAGUGAGAGAUCCAGCAGACCAUGGUAUAUGAGCGGCGGAGAGAACCGGAAUACGCAUCAUGAUCCGCACGCCAAGAUCUUUCCAGAAGAUUCGCCAGGAGACGAUAGAAUUACAGAACAACUGCUGUAUACACUGCCGGAAGACGAAGACAUUCCUGUCAAGAAGAUACUGCUUCCAAAUGGGCUGAGUACUUGGGGAGUGUCUGGUGGGAGAACCGAGUUCUUGAGGAACAAAUGUCCGGUGGACAGGUGCACGCUAACUGGUGACACGAGGGAAGCUGCCUCUGCCGAUGCUAUACUGUUCAAGGACCAUCACACACCGCUCAAUAUCAAUCGCUCACCUAACCAGAUUUGGAUCCUGUAUUACCUGGAGUGUCCGUAUCACACAGCGUCACUUCGUGCAGCCUCACUGGACGUCUUCAACUGGACAGCUACUUACCGACGCGACUCCGACAUCGUGGCACCCUACGAAAAGUGGGUGUACCACGAUCCUUUAAUCACCGCGAAGGACUUCGACAGGAACUAUGCAGCUAAUAAAACAAAAAAGGUAGCUUGGUUCGUAUCAAAUUGCCACGCUCGCAAUCGCCGGCUUCAGUACGCUCGCCAGCUCUCCAAGUUCAUAUCGGUCGACAUCUACGGCGCCUGUGGCUCACACCACUGUCCACGUGCCGACCCCAACUGCCUCGAGAUGCUCGACAAAGACUACAAGUUCUACCUCGCCUUCGAGAACUCCAACUGCCGUGAUUACGUCACGGAGAAAUUUUUCGUGAACGGAUUACAACACGACGCACUGCCAAUAGUGAUGGGUGCAAGACCCUCGGAAUAUGCAGCCGUCGCCCCGCACAACUCCUACAUUCACGUGGAAGAGUUCGCGAACCCUGAGGAGCUCGCGGCAUACCUCAAUCGUCUGGACGAAGAUGAUGCGCUCUAUAAUUCAUAUUUCAAGUGGAAGGGAACCGGUGAAUUCAUAAAUACAUACUUUUUCUGUCGAGUUUGCGCAAUGGUACACGCAAACAGCCGUCGACAGCGGCAUGUCCACUACACAGAUGUGCAAGCGUGGUGGAGGGACGCAGCGUGCACUCGUAGCGAUUGGCGAUCUAUGGCACAAGAGACGAGAGACGCGGGAUCAUAAAACCACAGAGAACGUAUAUACUAGUCCAUACUAUGUUCGAUAUUUAAAUAAUAAGCGCGAGGAUAAAUUAUUAGAGCAAUUUAAAUUUAAUACGAGUACAAAUUUAUAAGGUCACCUAUAUAUGUUAUAUAAAUGUUGUUGGUAGACAUUAUAUUUGCCAAUUAUUUAGUAAAACUACGCCACUACAUAUAAGUUUUAGGUGUAACUUGGCUAUAGUACUUAAAAUUCAUAGUUUCCUUGCAUAUGCACAAGAUUACAACAUACUUACACGCCAAACUUUUAGAUCACUCUGAAGUUUUUUGUUAUUACAUAACUAUAGUACUACAUACUAUACGCAUCAACGUCGGAUCGAUUUAAAAGUUUGGUGAAGGGUAAACCUAGCUUUGGAAAUGACAUGGUCUUUUCGAGGAGGUACAUUUUAAAUUAUUACCGUUACAUAGUAUGAAUUUUAUAUCUUAUCUAUUAUUGUAAUCAUAUCACUUUUCUAAGAUUUUUUUCUAUAUACCUUUUUUAUUUGCGUCUUAUUUUUUUAUUCGAAAUAAGGCCGUAUUAUUUUUAAAUUGUUGGCACAAUUGUUUAAGUCUAAUUGGGUCACGGCUAUUGCCAAUCCUAUAAGACGGUCGUUAUAUUUUUAAAAUGUUCAUUUUUUAACUUAUUUAUUUAUUUUUAAACUUUAUAAUAGAAGAAGUUGCAAAGUUUAUGAGCACAACUACUUAAUUAUUUAUGGGAAAAACUUCGUGUUUAUAAAUAAAGUGCCGUAUUAGUGUUAUCAUGCCAGGUAUGAGCAUAAACUAAGUAAUCGUCGUAUUACACAUUAAAGUCUCCUCUUGCAAUAUAUCUUAAGAUUUAAUCCACACCUGAAUAUCGAAUAUUCAAUGUCUGUUUGAUGCAGUUUCAAUGCGAUACGAUAUUUAUUUUCAGCUCAACACAGAUUAAAUACAAUACUAACUAUUAUUACAUAUACUAAUAAUACUAAUACUAAUAAUUGUUAUGUGAUUCAAAUUCAAAUAUUAUUAUUCAAAAUAGGAUAUGACAUCACUUUUUGAAAGUCAAAAAACUACCACCCAUUCCAAAAUGAAUUUCUCAGACCUGAGAAGAAUGGGCGCAACAAACUCAACGGGCUUUUUUUUCCAUCGAAUAAAUAUGUUUACAAAGUAAUAUUGUACAAUUAAACUUAUUAUUUAAUAGCCUGAGGGCGGUCACUCCAUUCCCAAUCUGUGGUAUCAUUAAGAAAGUCAUUUAUGUUAUAGUAAUCUUUACCACACAAACGUUUUUUUGACAAUUCUUUUGAAUAACGUAAUACUUUUGCUUUGAACAUUUUCUGGAAUCUUGUUGUAAAAGCAUAUACAUCGCCCCACAAAAGACUAACUCGACUUAGCCGAGUAGUAGGCAUCAUAAGUUUAUGUCUGUUCCUGGUGUUAACAUUAAGGUUAUGACAGUUUCUGGCAAAUUCCCUUAUGUGCCUAUGAACAUACAUUACAUUAUCAAGAAUAAAUUGAUUGUAGACACCGGUAAAAGAUAAAAUUUAAUUAAUUAUUCGUUCCGGGAAACACGGAAUCGCGCGGUAUGCCUCAGAUCGGCGGGACUUUGGCGCGUUUUGUGAAUGCGUUUUAUUUUAAAUGUAGCAAUAUAAUAAUAAUUAAGCUUUAUCUGCUUCCAUGCAAAAAUUACAUUUAAUCUUACUUCUCUCUAUAUCUCUCGUUUUUAUGGACCCCUUUUGGGUAAAAGCAUCCUCCAAAGAAUUCCAUUCAGUUUGGUUUUUUGCAGUCUAUAUCCAACUUUGCCCCGCCACAGCCACUAGUUCAUCUGCCCAUCUACGACAAGGCCUGCCUCUCUUUCUAAUGCCUCGAGGUCCGGACCAUCUAAUUAUACUGUGUCCAUCUAUCGUCAGUGUACCUGGCCACGUGCACCGCCCACGGUCAGAACUUGGUGAGGGAGUAUAGUGCCAUACGGCAGUGUCGGUUUUGGUGUAUCUGAAAAAUCUAGUGCCCUAGAGCACUGCCGAUUCGGUAUUACACACAAUACGCUGAGCACACAACCGUUGAACGCUUGUCACUGUCAAAUUUUAGUAUUUCAGUACUGAAUAGUAAUUAGUAUAAUUGUCGUGGUAUUAUGCAUUCCGUUCUCAUUAUGUUUGAGACUACCGCCUACUUAUGAAGGAAUAUAGAGCUCCAGCACAUCAAAAGUAUUACAUCAAAACAUAUAAUAAAACGCCCUUAAUAAAGUAUAUCAAAAUGUUUGUGGCAAUUUGAAUUACCUUAAAGUUAUUUUUUUUUUUAAUUUCAUCACAAUAAUAGUUUUGUAGAGCUGUUUAAUGAAAGAAUAUAAUUUUAUAGAAUUAACAUGGGGUUAAACUAUUUUGCUUAUUACAAACUUUGAAUGAGGUACCUAAUACUGAAACUUAUAAGAUUUUUUAGUGUUUUUGUAAAACGCAACAAUUUACUGUUUGUUGAGGUACCUACAAAUAUUUAUUUAUUUUUAUCAUUUUUAUGUGUUCGAAUUUAGAAAUUUUAAUGAAAUAUGGAAUCAUUUAUAAAAACCGUUAUUUAAAAAGAAACUAUAUUCGCAUAAGUAUUGGCUAGCAUAAGACUACUUAUUACGAAUUACAUUAUUCCUUUCUUACGAUUUUAGUAAUUCGCAAUAGUGCCGUUAUUUGCAUUCAUCUGUUUUUAUACAUGUGUUUUGUUUUUUAAAUUUUAUUUUGUACUUAGUUAAUUUUUAUAUCUACCUAUGUUUGUUAUGCUGUGUACAGGCCGACAAGAUAGAAUUUGAAUAUAAGGAUUAAUAGCCAACGCGCAGACACUUCGCUUGGUUUCAAUAUUAUAGUAUAUAUAGAUGGGAAAACGUAGGUAUACAAAUGUAAAACGAAAAUAAUAUACAAAGAGUCACUGGUUUUGGUGUAAAUAUCGCCGAAUGCUUAUGAUCACCGUUGUUCGAUCGCCCCAUCGAACGAAGCGCAUUGGAUGGUGAUAUAUCAUACGCUUAUCAUCAAGUUAUGAUGUGUAGUGCUGUCUCUGUCAAGACAACUGUCUAUCAAGAUAACUAUGAAUAUAUAUAGUUAUAUUGAUUGUGAUUCAUCGAUUGAGACGCUAUCUGGAAUUAGAGUUACCAUUCGUACGGAUUAAACCGGAGAUAUCCGGAAUAAUCCGCACUUAUCGUCAAAUUUUAAUUAGAUGGAAUAUAAUAAUAAAACUACAUAUUAACUUAUAUCAAAUAAGUAUUUAACCUUUACGCGAAACAAAAUCUAAAUUAGAUCAACUAAAAAGUCCGGACUUAUAUCGAAAUGUCAGGCUUUUGUCAGGACUUUACAAAUAACUAAAUGGUAACUCUUAUCUAGAAUAGGGUCCUAACUCGAAAUUGAACACACAGAGAAACGCGUAUUACUCGGGGAAAUAUUAUGAUCUCUGAUUAUUUAUAAAUAUGAAGCUGAAAUCCCCGAAAGUCAUUUUUCAAGACAUUUCAAGUCGUUCGGUCUGUACCUACUCGCAUGUAUUCAUUGUAGUAGUUUAUAUUAUGUUAGAUGUCCAUUAAAUAUUAAUUUAAUUAUUACGUAGUCAAAUCAUAGAUUUCGGUAAGCUGUCAUUUUAAAAUGACAUCUUUAGACAGAUAGACUUAGAAUAUAUUAGCGUAUAGACAACGUUACAAUUCAGAUUUGUCCAAUGUGCGCAUUACCUAUUCGUUUAAUAUUCAAAAUAGGUACUUAGGAGCUCUUGCCAAGCGUGGCUGACUGUUUACGACUUUUUAAUCAAUAUUGGUUACAGCAAAAAUAGAUUCGCUUACCUUGUCUAUCUUGCUGUAUCUCCGUCUAUACGUUAAUAUAUUGUAAGUGUAUCUAAUGGUUACACGUCCGUUCCGAUAAUGCCCAUAAGUAACAAAAUGGUAUUUUUAACAGUAAUACUGAUACUGUUGAUCGCAUUACAUUAUUUCUUUAAUAUAACGAUAACAAUACCUAUAUGAGCCGCGUCAUUAGAGAAAAGAAAAAAAAUGUCGUUUCGUUUGUCAUUAUUUAUCACAUUUCGCCCUAUUGCUAUCUAUGGUCUUAAAGCGCUUUCGCACAACGUCCGAUCCGAAUCCGAUCCGUAUCCGUGAAAACAAAGACCGGACGAAGACAUCCGGCUUCCGUCAUCCGAUUUCUUUCCGUCAACCAUUAGAAACAGCUCUACGACUACGUACACCAACCGUAUUUUCACGGGUACGGAUCGGACGUAGUGCGAAAGCGCCCUUACACACAAAUGUACUGCAUGCAAAAAAAAACAGCAGGCAAUACAUACCUAUAUUUGUAGGCAAAAGUUAGUCACAUAAGUAUUAUAGCCGAAACACAUGGUCGGAUUUGGUACAACGGACGGUAAGCAUCAAUUGGUCCGGAGUCGUACUCGGUACAAUACGACAUUCCAUCGAAUAUAGUCCGAUACAGGACGGCGUCCGAAAUCCGAUGUCGUGUUAAUAAUAGCUUUAGUUUUGUUUUAUAAUAUUAAUUGAUAGAAGUAUAUAGAUAGCUAGGUCGAACUCCGCUUUGCGUGACGAACACAAAUUAAGUAGCUGAACUACAGUCGUAGUACGAUCUGCCAUAGAUUUAGGUAAGUAUUUAUUAUUCAAUGAAUUUGACAUCUCUUUAUGUUUAAAUAUAAUAAUUAUUAAAAUACUGUCGAUUGUUUUGAGUGGUUUGUUUUUAGAGAGAGGUUAAGUAACGGCAUUCUUGGAACAAACGUGGUACUUACAUAGUAGGUAUUUCCCCCUGUUAGUUACCAAUCAAUUUUAUUGGGAAGUAGGCGAUAAUAAUAUGAUGUUAAUUUAUUUUGUCUGUAAGCGUUUGUUAUCAGUUUAUUUGUGAUCUAAAUUACCACUUUACUAUUGUAAGUUUCGAAACGAUCCAUUAGCUCAACAUGUGUCUAGUCGUGGCGCUUUUAUAUGUAAUUGAGCACAAAAUUUAUUAGGUAAGUGCAAUGACGUGCUAUACACAUUUAAGGACAUAUCAUUCGCAGUCUGAAAGCGGAACGGCAAAGCUUUUCUUCUUAGAGCGCUUUUGCACUACGUCCGAUCCGAAUCCGAUCCGAUCCGUAUCCGUGAAAACACGGUCCGAAGUAGUCGUAGAACUAUUUGACGACCCCCAUGGUUGUUAGUGACCCUGCCUACUGAGCUAGAGGUCCCGGGUUCGAAUCCCGAUAGGUGCAAUCAUUUAUAUCAUGAAUAUGAAUAUAUGUUUCCGAGCCAUGGAUGUUAAUAUAUAUUUAUGUAUAUUUAAGUAAGUAUAUUGUAUUAAAUAUAUCGAUGUCUUGUACCCAUAGAUGGUAGAUAGGCACGGCUAUGCCUAGUUUGGGGCAAGAUAAUUUGUAUAACAGUGUGUCUAAUUUCUAUGGUAGUCUACGCACUAGAUCCGGCUUCCGUCAACCGAUAGAAAUAGUUCUACGACUACACUGGACCGUAUUUUCACGGGUACGGAUCGGAUUCUGACCGGACGUAGUGCGAAAGCGCUCUUAGUUGUUUGUCAACUGUCACUGUCCGAAUCGGGUUCUAAAUUCAACAAAUGUAACCGGAACUGAAUAAACGUUUUACAUUGCUGCUUAUUGAUCAACAAUAUUUUAAACAACUGCAGUAAAUGCGGCAAUGUAUAGAUAUAGCUGCUGUCGAAACUUAUUUUUAUGGUGUAAUUUGUGGCAUGUUCCAUAAUUCGGCUUGGUUUUUAUCCGGCGUGAUUUGUCUAUAUGUAUAGAACGUCAUUGGGUAAUGUAAACGUAAUUAGGUGUUGUAGAAUACCGAUAGGUAUAGAUUUUUAGUUGAGAUUAAAAUCGUGGUCAGAUAGUACCAACCUAAGACGAUAAUCAAGUGUUUCGAUGUCUCCUUUAUGCACAGUUGUAAGACUAGAUAACACUUGGUCGUGGAGUCUCUCUGAGAUUUGAUAUGCCCUCACCAUUUGAAGUGCUAUUUGGCCAUGAUAUUUAAACUCAAUUUCACCAAAAAACUAACCAAUUCGCACAAUAUAACAAAGACUAGUAAUUAUUGUAAAUGUGUGUGAGGUAUUAUUUGCAUUUUAUUAAUUAUUUAUACAUGCAAUGUAAUUUUUAAUGUUCCUUGUUUUGGUUGAGUUUAAGUAUAGAUUAUUGCUAGAUGAACCUAGAGAUGUAUUUAAUGAUUAUUAAAAAUAUCAUUUAUAAAA